AGUCAACCUACAAAGCAAAUUUAUUAUAACAAAGGACAAUCAAACUACCACAGACAAGGAAGAAAUCUCCAUCACCCAAAAUCUAUGCCACAUUAUUUUGCGACAACAUAGAAGCAAUUGAAUACAAUUUUUGAUAUUAGAGAUACAACUUCUUUUCAGCUUCUGCAACCGAAUAUAAAUCAUUGAGCUUCCUUCCAAGGCAACCAUAGCUCCUCAAGUUUGUCCCAUAGGAGAGUAAUCAUAUUGAAUCUCCCAGUUCAGGAGACUUCUGCAUCAGUUGUCUAUUCUUCUGCGUGGACCGAACUUUGAACAGCCAGAACUUCGAGAUUUCCAGAGUAACCAUCCAGGAUGUCUGCGUCCCCAUCUGGCAUGUCAAAUGGACGAACUCCCACGCCCACUCCCAACAAUGGAGGCGCACCACAAUUUACACGUAAACCCAAGGCUGCCGAUCCUCUGAGACCACGAAAGAAACCCGUCCGCCGACCUAAUGUACCUUCUAAACCUCCCGGCGCGAACUUGAACGGCUUGACACCUGCUAGGCCCAAUGGACCUACAUCUUUAAACAACUUUUCCGGACCACGCGCACCAGGUCCUAGAGGCCCAAUCCCUAUCAAUGGCAAUGCUGCGCCUAGGCAAACAUAUGGUGGUUGGACACAUCCUCCCAAGGGAGAAGUUAUAGAUUUCCCACUCUUCACUACCAGGAGGGCGUUGCGCGAUGGAUUGCGAUACCAUGCCAUGAGAUUUGCUGGGAAGAAAGAGGUUGACCCAACAAACCAGGACGAGUUCACGCGACCAAUCUCCCUCCAUCGCAGAGAUCCUCGACAACCACCACCUGGUAAAGCAUUCAAGGACGAAGACACAGUAAUGGAGGAUGUAGUCGAUUCCAAGGAGAGAGAGAGACAAGAAAUAUUAAAGGCAGAGAAGGAAGCGCAAAAGGCUGCCGAUCGUGCGCAGAUAGCUCCUACUGGCAACAAUGCUAACGCAGCAGCUGCUAAAAAAGCUCAAGCUUUCCGAAAUGAAAAGACAACUCAAGUACAUCGACUUGAUAAGACAGCCGAGCAGAAAAAAGAAUCUGAUCUUAGAUACGAGGAGGCUUUACCUUGGCACCUAGAAGACGCUGAUAAUAAGAAUACUUGGGUCGGUAACUACGAGAGUGCUUUGUCGGGAGUCAAUGUUAUGUUUUACGCAGAAGGAAGUUCGUUCAGGAUGAUUCCGGUUGAAAAAUGGUACAAGUUUACUUCAAAGAACAAGUUUAACACUCUCACAAUUGAUGAAGCCGAAGCGUUGUUGAGCAAGAAGACCAAGGAAUCUAGAUGGGCCAUGAAGACACAAGAAAGAAAUGAGGCCCAACGUGUGACUGAGGAAAAUAUCAAAGGGAUGAAUAGGCUGUAUACUGUCAAGGCUGAGAGUCAAAGCUUCAGAGGAUCUAGCAGGAAUGAAACGAGAGACAUUGAUGAACUUGAUUUCGAUGCUGAUGACUUAUUCCAGGAUGAUGAUGAGCUUCCCACAGUUGAGCCAGAUAGGGAUGAAGACACAAAGGACGCCCAAGAAAGAAUUAAGCAAGAUCAGAGAGGAGCAAACUUAUUCGGAGAAGCAGAUGAAGAGGCUGUGGAGAAAGACUUCAUAAAAGAGGAGCAAGAGUUAGAGGCACAGAAGAAGUUAGGAAAGGGUGUCCGUAAGGCUUUAACCAAGCGGGAGAAGAAUUACAUUUAUGAUAGUGAUUCCAGUAAUCCAUAUGCUUCUUCAGAUGUAUGUAUCUUGCCAAUCCAUCUGUCUACUUGCUAACAGUCUAAAGAGCGAGGAUGAUACCUCUGACGAAGAGAAGCAAAAGGAAAUCGACAAGAAGAAAGAUGAAGAGGCUAAAGCCAAGUUAAAGGCUGAAGCAAAGACUCCAGGAACUUUAUCGAAGGGCAACAAUACGCCUUCCGGUCGACCCAAACACACUGAUCCUUUGAAGAAAUCUAAAAGUCUCAAGAGAGCGGCAUCUCCUAAUUUGUCAGAAUCUAGUGGAAAUGAAUCAUCCAGAAAGAAGCAUAAGAAGAAGCAUGUUGGCUCAUCACAACCUACAGGUAUAUCUACUCCAAUUCUAGGUUCAAGGCCAAUGUCUCCAAUACCAUACUCACAAUCCCUUCUAGGUCAACAUCAGAGAAAAUCUUCUAUCGUCAAGAUGUCCGUAAAUGCAUCUGACCUUUCACGAAUCAGCUCUUCGCCACCAAACCCUCAUGGGGCAACAAGCGAUGGAGAAGCUACAGGAGGUGAAAUGUCAGAUGGAGCAAGUGGAAAGAAGAAAAAGAUUACUCUUCGUAUGGGAGGAUCAUCACCAACAGCUUCAAGAGCUGCUAGUCCAGCCCCAGGUAAACCCAGCAGUAGCCGUGCUGGAAGCCCUGCUCAAGGAACUGGUAAGGAUUUUCUUUUACAUCUAUUUUUAGAGAGUAUUAAUUAAUUUUACUAUAGAACCUACGGCACCAUCUAGUUCUGGGCCUAUUACACCCAAGGAGAUUAUUGCCGCUUUGCCUUCGGCAGGUAUCUCUAUUGGUCAAUUGCUUGGACAUUUCCGUGGUAGAGUGGGUGAUUCUGAUGGACAAACUACCAAAAAGGAAUUCAUGGCAAUGAUUAAGACGAACUCUAAAUAUGGAGCAGAUAAACUUUUGCGACCAAAGGUUUAAAAAGUAGCAUAAUUUGUCCUACGCGCCGAAUGAUUUGUACAGGAAGGGUUUCGAUGGUCGCAAUGAAAUUAUAAUCGUGUAGGGAAUUUGCUUGUGGAUGGAUGGAUCAAUGGAUGAAUGGAUGACCUGGAUCAUUUAAUACCUUACCAAAAGGGUUUUGGUGAUAUGAUGAGAGACAUUAGUUGGAGUGGGUAAACAAACAAACAUCUACGUAAACGAAACGAAUUUGGUAUAAAGCAUGACACAUUCAUUCAUUCAUUCAUUCAUUGAAAUGGGAAGAAAGAAAGCACAGAGAGAAAGAAAGAAAACAAACAAACAAACAUCUUUCAAUACCUAGGUACCUAUCGAGAAUAUUGUGUGUUGUGAGGCUAAUAACAACACAACCCAAAACAAAGGAGGAUAUUUUUUACUACUAGUGGUGGUGUGGUCUACGCCGUCGAAAUGUAAUAGGGGCCUUGGAUCUUUUUUUAUUUUACCUACCUGCGUGUUGGUUGAAUGUGGGUGCUGCUACGCCAUCGUA